UCGAACUUUGGCCAAAGCAGCGCAGGCGGGAGGCAGCAGUACCAGAAUAGUAGUCAACACCGUGUUUGUUUUUCUUUUACCUAUCCCUCUCUACCUCCUUAGCGACCCUCUCCUGCAUUGAGGUUGCUCCUGGCGCCAGUGAAGCUGCGGCUUCGACCUCAAUUCCGUCAUGUCUUCUACUCCGUCCAUGUUGACCAAGUUUGAAUCCAAGUCCUCGAGGGCCAAGGGCAUUGCCUUCCACCCCAAGAGGCCAUGGAUCCUCGUGUCGCUACACUCCUCCACAAUCCAGCUAUGGGACUACCGCAUGGGGACCCUAAUAGACCGCUUCGAAGAGCACGAUGGUCCAGUCCGCGGCAUUGAUUUCCACAAGACCCAGCCAUUAUUCGUCUCUGGCGGUGAUGAUUACAAGAUCAAGGUAUGGUCAUAUCAGACGCGACGAUGUCUGUUCACAUUGAACGGUCAUUUGGACUAUGUCCGGACUGUCUUCUUCCACCACGAGCUGCCGUGGAUAGUGAGCAGCUCCGACGAUCAGACCAUUCGCAUAUGGAAUUGGCAGAAUCGCUCAUUGAUAUGUACAAUGACUGGCCACAACCACUACACCAUGUGCGCGCAGUUCCAUCCCAAAGAGGACCUCAUCGUCUCCGCCUCGCUCGAUCAAUCGGUCCGUGUUUGGGAUAUCUCUGGACUAAGGAAGAAGCACUCCGCUCCGACAGCAAUGUCCUUCGAAGAUCAGAUGGCUCGCGCCAACCAGAAUCAGGCAGAUAUGUUUGGAAACACCGAUGCAGUCGUCAAGUUCGUUCUCGAGGGCCAUGAUCGAGGCGUGAACUGGGUCGCAUUCCACCCGACGCUUCCAUUAAUCGUUUCCGCUGGUGAUGAUCGCUUGGUGAAGCUGUGGAGGAUGUCAGAGACGAAAGCCUGGGAAGUUGAUACCUGCCGAGGCCACUUCCAGAACGCAUCUGCCUGUUUGUUCCACCCUCAUCAGGACCUCAUAUUAUCUGUUGGUGAAGACAAGACCAUCCGAGUGUGGGACCUCAACCGACGAACAUCCGUCCAGUCUUUCAAGAGGGAGAACGAUCGCUUUUGGGUUAUUGCAGCGCAUCCGGAGAUUAACCUGUUCGCCGCUGGUCACGAUAACGGAGUGAUGGUAUUCAAACUGGAACGGGAGCGUCCCGCGUCCGCCGUCUAUCAGAACAACCUUUUCUAUAUCACGAAAGAGAAGCAUAUUCGCUCCUACGAUUUCCAGAAGAAUAUCGAAUCACCAUCGAUGCUGUCCCUGAAGAAGCUCGGAAGCGCAUGGGUACCUCCUCGAACCGUGUCCUACAACCCCGCCGAACGCUCGAUUCUGGUUACAUCUCCAGCCGAUGGUGGUACAUAUGAGUUGAUCAGCCUCCCGCGCGACGCUUCAGGAGCAGUAGAGCCGACGGACACAAAGCGCGGCUCGGGAAAUUCUGCUGUCUUUGUAGCGAGAAACCGAUUCGCGGUCUUCAAUCAGUCGAACCAACAGAUUGACAUCAAAGAUCUCAGCAAUGCAACCACGAAGACAAUUAAACCUCCACACGGUACCACGGACAUCUAUUUCGGCGGCACUGGCAACUUACUUCUGAUUACCCCCACAAACGUGGUUUUGUACGACAUUCAAGCUAAAAAGAAUCUCGCGGAGCUUGCUGUUAACGGCGUUAAGUAUGUCGUCUGGUCGUCAGAUGGUCUGCAUGUAGCUCUUCUGAGCAAACACAACGUCACCAUUGCCUCAAAGAACCUCGAACAGAUCAGCACUUUACACGAGACAAUCCGAAUCAAGAGCGCAACAUGGGAUGACACUGGCGUCCUGCUCUACUCGACAUUGAAUCACAUCAAGUACAGUCUGAUGAACGGCGACAACGGGAUCGUCCGAACUCUAGAGCAAACUGUGUAUCUCGUCCGAGUCAAGGGACGAAACGUAUACUGCUUAGACCGAGCUGCGAAGCCGAAGAUCCUCCAGAUUGAUCCUACUGAAUAUCGCUUUAAGCUUGCCCUCAUCAAGCGGAAUUACGACGAGAUGCUCAACAUCAUCAAAACAUCGAGCUUGGUCGGUCAAAGCAUCAUCUCGUAUCUGCAGAAGAAGGGAUACCCGGAGAUUGCUCUUCAAUUCGUUCAAGAUCCCCAGACGCGCUUCGAGCUUGCUAUCGAAUGCGGAAACCUUGAGGUAGCAGUCGAAAUGGCCAAGCAGCUUGAUCGGCCGAAACUCUGGCAAAGACUCAGCGCCGAAGCUCUUGCACAUGGCAAUCAUUCAACGGUCGAGAUGACGUACCAGAAGCUUCGCAACUUCGAUAAGCUGUCCUUUUUGUACCUCGCAACAGGUGAUCAAGAUAAGCUGAAGCGUAUGGCCAAGAUCGCCGAGCACCGCGGGGACAUGACGGCACGAUUCCAGAACGCACUCUACCUUGGGGAUGUACAGAACCGGAUAGAGAUGUUCCAAGAACUUGAUCUCUACCCACUAGCGUAUGCAACUGCCAAGGCUAACGGCCUUGACGAGCAAGCGCAAACAAUUCUAGAAGCUGCUGGCGUCACCGAAGAGCAAAUUAACCUACCUUCAAUAGGUAGCCCCCUUGCACCUACUAAGCCCAUCGUGCCGACACAUAAAGCGAACUGGCCAACAAAGGCUGCUUCUUCGACUGUAUUUGAGAAGGCUCUUCAAGGCGAAGUUGAUGGCACUGGAGCUGAAGAACCAGCAGCAAACGGUUAUGGAGAUGAAGAUUUGCUGGGCGAGCCUGAAGUUUCAGGUGCUGUGGCUGAGCUUGGAGGCGAUGAAGAGGAUGAUGUUGGUGGUUGGGACAUGGGCGAUGACGGCGAAAUUGAAGUCGAGGACGACUUUGUCGAGGUCGAGGGUGCUGAAGCAGGGGCCGGCAGUAGUGAAGCCGACCUGUGGGCACGCAACUCACCCUUGGCGGCAGAUCAUGUCGCUGCAGGCUCAUUCGAGACGGCUAUGCAACUCCUGAACCGACAGAUUGGUGCUGUCAACUUCUCCCCGCUUGAGGACCGCUUCCAGGAGAUCUACCAAGCCACACGGACGUUCUUGCCGGCUACGCCCAACAUGCCGUCUCUGGUCAACUAUGUGCGGAGGACAGUUGAUGAGACCGAUUCAAGAAAGAUUCUACCCAUCAUCCCGAGGGAAUUGGAGUCCAUUCUUUCGACUGACCUGACAGCUGGCAAGCAAGCGCUGGUGAAAAACAAGUUGGAAGACGGUGUUGCCUCCUUUAAGAAGCUAUUACACCUUCUGAUCGUCAACGUCGUUGCUUCACAAGCAGAGCUAUCUGAGGCAAAGAAGGCGAUCCACACCGCCGCACAAUACACCCUCGCCAUGUCCAUCGAGCUCGAGCGCCGCGCACUUCUACAAGGCGCAACUGACGUAUCCGCACUCUCCGACGACAACAAGAAGCGCGUCCUUGAACUUUCAGCCUACUUUACCAUUCCUGAACUCGAAGGGCCCCACAGAUCCAUUCCUCUCUCUGCAGCCAUGAACUUCGCCCACAAGAACCGCCAACUCAACACUGCGCUCAACUUCGCCAAUGCCCUGCUUGACCGCACGGGUAACGCAAAGAUGAAGGAGUCGGCUAAGCGCGUCAAGACUGUUGCGGAGCGGAAUCCAGCGGAUGCUAUUGAGAUUGACUUCGAUCAGUUUGCAGACUUUGAGAUUUGCGCAGCCAGCUUUACACCCAUUUAUGGCGGUAGUCCAAGUGUGGCAUGUCCGUAUGAUGGAAGCAAGUACCAUGGAAAGUACAAGGGUACAGUCUGCAAGGUUUGCGAAGUUUGUCAGAUUGGUGCACCGGCUAGUGGACUGAGACUUGUUGGUUGAGUGAGGAGUGUGGUGAGAUAUUCGGGGUAUUGGAUAGCAUUAUAGGGCUCGAAAGGAUUGUAGAAGUGUAUGCUUAGCGUUCGUACGUCAUGACUAAGUGUAGUAUGCGGCAAAGUGAGGAAGCACAAAAUGAUCGGCGCUAGGGGGAAUGUGUGUAUCCGCUUUAGAGUUUACCAAGAACAAAAAUGCGAAACGAUAUAAUGUUAGUGCCUGCUCACUUAAGAUUUCGUUGUUA